AUGUACAACCAAUCAAUGGCCCUGGCCUUGGCAGAAAUUUGUGAAGUCCUUAUUGAAGGAAAGACCACUCAGGUACCAGCAAACCUGCAGGUGGCACCAUCUGAGCAAGCCAACUGCAAUGAUUAUGUGACCCAAAAUCACUACAUCUCUAGACCCCUCUCUGUGGAAGAAGCUGUGUUUCCAGUUGCCUACAUUAUGUCUCUGCACAAACAGUUUGAUAUGUUUGAGAGGCUCUUCAGGGCUAUUUAUACGCCCCAAAACAUAUACUGUAUCCAUAUAGAUGAGAAAACCAACAGUGAGUUUAAGAAAAAGGUGGAAAAAUUGUUGGGCUGCUUCCCUAACGCAUUCAUUGCUUCAGAAACAGAGUGGGUGGUUUAUGCUGGGAUAUCCAGGCUUCAGGCAGAUUUGAACUGCAUGAAAGAUCUUGUGAAAUCCAAAGUGCCCUGGAAGUACCUUCUCAACACUUGUGGCCAAGAUUUCCCCUUGAAAACCAACAAGGAAAUCAUUCAGCACCUGAAAAGGUUUAAAGGGAAAAACAUAACUCCAGGGGUACUGCCUGCAGCACCUCACAUUCUCCGAAGGACGACAUAUAUCUACAGGGAACAAAGAUACAGUCUGUUUUCUUUCAUGCUGUGGACUUCGCUGAGGAAAAUGUCUCCUCCACAUGAUCUGCCCAUCUAUUUUGGCUCUGCUUACAUUGCUGUUACAAGGGAAUUUGUAGACUUUGUGCUCAAAGACCUUCGUGCCAUCGAUCUCCUUGAAUGGUCCAAAGAUACCUACAGUCCUGAUGAACAUUUUUGGGUGACACUCAAUAGGAUACCAGGGGUGGGGAACCUCCGGCCCAUGGGCCGGAAACGGCCUGCAAGCUCAUUUUAUCCGACCCCCUGGCCGCCUGCCAAGGCCGGGAGCUCCACAACCCCCAGCCCGCCUGCCGAGGCCGGGAGCUCCACAGAGCUAGCUGUCGCUAGCCAGGGCCUUUUCUCGGUGCAGGGGUGUGGCUGA